AUGGUAGCUUUGUUGGCUUUGGAUUGGGCUCAGGCGCAGCUCGAUGGCGAUGGAUUUGGGUUUGGUUGGGGCAACUCUAGUUUAUUGAGAUCUAGUAAUAGUGUUGGAAAUGGUAACUCAGAGGAAGAAGUUAGGGUAGCUCUAGAUCAGCUUCCUAGAGACGCCUCUGAUAUUCUCGAUAUCCUCAAAGCUGAGCAAGCUCCUCUCGAUCUUUGGCUCAUCAUCGCCAGAGAGUAUUUCAAACUAGGAAAACUGGAUCAAUUUCGGCAGAUAUUAGAAGAAGGAUCUAGUCAUGAAAUUGAUGAAUAUUAUGCGGAUGUUAGAUAUGAGAGGAUUGCCAUCCUCAAUGCUCUGGGGGCUUAUUAUAGUUAUCUUGGAAAAAUCGAGACAAAACAAAGGGAAAAGGAGGAAUAUUUUAUACAGGCCACCAAACAUUACAAUAAAGCUUCCAGGAUUGACAUGCACGAGCCUUCGACUUGGGUUGGCAAAGGCCAGCUCUUACUGGCCAAGGGCGAAGUAGAACAAGCAUCUGCUGCCUUUAGGAUCGUGCUUGAAGGAGACCGUGAUAAUGUAUCUGCUCUUCUUGGUCAGGCAUGUGUUGAGUACAAUCGUGGACAUUAUAGUGAAUCGUUGACGUUGUAUAAGCGGGCCUUGCAAGUUUAUCCUGAUUGUCCUGGAGCUUUAGAUCCAGAAAAUGUUGAGGCUCUUGUUUCACUAGCAAUUUUGGAUUUGCAAACAAAUGAAGCUGCUGGAAUAAAGAAAGGAAUGGAAAAAAUGCAGAGAGCUUUUGAGAUAUACCCCUAUUGUGCAAUGGCACUGAAUUAUCUAGCAAAUCACUUUUUCUUCACUGGUCAACAUUUUUUAGUUGAGCAACUGACUGAAACUGCACUUGCUGUCACCAAUCAUGGACCAACAAAGUCACACUCUUAUUACAAUUUAGCUCGCUCUUACCAUAGCAAGGGUGAUUAUGAAACAGCUUCAAGAUACUACUGGGCAUCAGUCAAGGAAAUUAAUAAGCCCAGUGAAUUUGUGUUUCCUUAUUAUGGUUUGGGGCAGGUACAAUUGAAACUGGGAGAGAUUAAAAAUGCAUUGUCAAAUUUUGAAAAAGUUUUGGAGGUUUACCCCGAUAAUUGUGAGACGUUAAAGGUUCUUGGGCACAUACAUGUUCAGCUUGGGCAGACUGAAAAGGCUCAGGAAUUUUUGAGAAAGGCUACGAAAAUUGAUCCUCGUGAUGCAGAGGCGUUUCUUGAUCUGGGAGAAUUGUUAAUUUCAACUGACACUGUAGCUGCUCUUGAUGCCUUAAAAACUGCACGCAGUCUUCUUAAAAAGGGAGGUGAAGAAGUGCCAAUAGAAGUACUUAACAAUAUUGCAGUCAUUCAUUUUGAAAGAGAAGAACUUGAGCUUGCGUUGCAAACUUUCAAGGAGGCUCUAGGUGAUGGCAUAUGGCUCACUUUUCUUGAAGGCAAGGCAAAGACAUACGAAAUUGAUGCAACUUCAUCUCUUCUUCAAUACAAGGACAUGCAGAUAUUUCAUCGACUGGAGGAAGAAGGUCUUUCUGUGGGUCUGUCUUGGAAUAAAGUGACAACAUUAUUUAACUUGGCCAGAUUACUUGAGCAGUUGCAUAACACAGAAACUGCAAGCACAUUAUACCGUCUCAUCUUGUUUAAGUAUCCAGACUACAUCGAUGCUUUUCUGAGGCUUGCUGCCAUUGCCAAAGCUCGAAACAAUCUUCAAUUAAGCAUUGAACUGGUAAAUGAGGCUCUGAAGGUGAAUGACAAGUGUGCAAAUGCAUUAUCAAUGCUUGGUGACUUGGAGCUUAAAAAUGAUGACUGGGUAAAGGCUAAAGAAACAUUCCGUGCUGCUAGUGAGGCAACAGAUGGGAAGGAUUCUUAUGCAACUCUCUCUUUGGUGUGUAUCUUGUUUAUUGUGCAUACUGCUUUAGGUUCUCUUAAGAUAUUUGGUGUUCUUCCCACACUCACUUUUUUAGGGAACUGGAAUUACUUUGCUGCAAUACGCAAUGAGAAAAGAAAUCCUAAGUUGGAAGCUACUCAUCUGGAAAAAGCCAAGGAACUGUACACCAGAGUUCUGGUUCAGCAUACAGCUAAUCUAUAUGCUGCCAAUGGCGCUGGAGUAGUCUUGGCAGAAAAAGGACACUUUGAUGUCCAAGAAGCUGCAAGUGGAAGCAUUUUUGUCCAGAUGCCAGAUGUCUGGAUAAAUUUGGCACAUGUAUAUUUUGCUCAAGGAAAUUUUGCAUUAGCUGUUAAGAUGUACCAGAAUUGUUUGCGGAAAUUCUUUUAUAAUACGGAUUCUCAGAUUCUUCUUUAUUUGGCGCGCACUCAUUAUGAAGCUGAACAGUGGCAGGACUGCAAGAGAACUUUAUUGAGAGCCAUCCACUUGUCGCCUUCUAAUUACACCCUGAGGUUUGAUGCAGGUGUUGCAAUGCAAAAAUUCUCAGCAUCUACACUGCAAAAGACAAAGAGGACAGUAGAUGAGGUGCGUUCAACUGUUGAUGAGCUGGAAAAUGCUGUCCGUUUAUUUAGUCAGUUAUCUGCUGCUUCCAACCUUCACUUUCAUGGGUUUGAUGAGAAGAAAAUCAACACCCAUGUUGAGUAUUGCAAGCAUUUACUGGAGGCUGCUAAAGUUCAUCGUGAAGCAGCUGAGCGGGAGGAACAGCAAAACCGACAGCGGCUAGAUCUUGCUCGUCAGAUGGCAUUGGCAGAGGAAGCCCGCCGCAAGGCUGAAGAACAAAGGAAAUUUCAGUUGGAGAGGAGAAAACAGGAAGAUGAGCUAAAACGGGUGCGGCAACAGGAAGAGCAUUUUGAGCGUGUGAAGGAGCAAUGGAAGAGUAGCACAUCUGCUUCUAAGCGGAGGGACAGAUCUGAUAUUGAUGAUGGGGAGGGUGGGCAUAGUGAGAAAAGGAGGAGAAAGGGUGGAAAGAGGAGAAAGAAGGAGAAGAGCUCAAGGUCACGCUAUGAGACGGAAGAAGCUGACAUGAUGGAUGAUCAUGAUGAACCAGAAGAUGAAGAUGCCAAUUUGAAUUAUAGGGAGCCUGGAUAUCAAAUGAAUGAUCAGGAAGACAAUGUGGAAGAGAAUGCGCAGGAUGUUCUUGCAGCAGCUGGGCUGGAAGACUCUGAUGCAGAGGAUGAUGCAUUUGUUGAUGCUAAGGCUGCACCUUCAUCAGCAGGCAGGAGGAGGCGGGCAUGGUCAGAAUCUGAUGAGGAUGAGAUACCAGAGAGGAAAACACAGUCCAGCCUUUUGCAAGAGAAUUCUGCUGAGCUGCAGGAUAGUGAUGGUGAAUUCAGAGAUGAUACUAACAGGCAGCAGGAGAAUGCUGCUGUUGAUGAUGAGGAUUGA